UCAACCUCUGCUGCUGCAAGGACAAAAAAAACUUUUCCCAAGUGUUUCUCCGUUUUUCUCGCACUUCUGCCUCAAAACUGUUUUGGAUUCCACAACGCUGCGCGAUCGUUUCCCGAAAAGUGAAAACCGAUUUUCGGUUCGUUAUUCGCGUCUAAGAGUAGAAGAAGACUGGCUAACGGUGUAUAUGGGGAGUCUCUUGCUGGCCGGCUAGUGUGGAGGAAUUCGAUCAUUUUGUAAUCCAAUAUGCUUUGUGCCGUUAAUCAGCGACGGGCGGAAGUCGUAAUCAAAUUGUGCAACUGAGCAGCGGCAGAGGCGACGGUGACUGCAGCGCAAAGUUUCUUUUGCAAAUAGAAGGUGACCAAAAAUGGAAACGGAUAACGUGAACAAGUAUCAGAAGCUUGCGACGGAAUACUCGAAGCUACGGGCUCAGGCGAGUGUCCUGAAGCGGGCAGUGAUUGAAGAGCAGAACAAGAAUUCAGCGUUGAGAGAAUCCCUGCGAUUGCGGGAGGCAAAUUUGCGCAAAUCCGAGCAGGAGGUGGACAGCCUUGGCUUUAGGAAUAAACAACUCGAGCGACGGGUGGCUGCACUGCAGGAAAACCUCGAGCAGGAGCUGAAAAAAGUUACCAGUAAAGGACAGAAGUCGAAAACCAGCAAUGAUAACAUUUUCACCGCCAACACCACGGAUUCGAAGAUGAUUACCGAGGAGCUGCAGAAGAAGAUAAUCGAAAACGCACACCUUGCGACACUGUUGGAGGAUAAAAAUUCCGAAGUUAAUCAGUGUCAGCUUCGGCUCGACGGUCUCAAUCGGGAGCUGCAGCAGCAAGCGGCCGUGGAGCAAAAACUGCGCAAGGAGAUGGAAACUCUUGCGCUGCGCAACACGGAACUGGAAGCGAAGAUCUCGGAAGCCGCCAGUACGAUCGGGAGCGAGGAUGGUCUCAGCGUCUCUGCUGACAUCGAUAACCACUAUAGCAACCACUUCAGCAGCAAUUCCAGUCAGGCUACUGGGGCUGCUGCUGCUGCUGCUGCUGCCACAAAUCACAAUAACAAUACGGGGAACAAUAACCACCACUGCGACGAUAGGAUAGUGUUCCUCGAGAAAGAGUUGAGUCAUUGGAGGGCACAGUACGAGAUGCUCAAAAUCGAAGCCACUAGUCACAGGGAGGGUUUCGCCAGGAAAACCGAACCGCUGCAGGAAGCUGUAGAUAUAAAUUUGGAGGACAAUCAGACACAAAGUGAGUAUGAAUUGCGCGAGCAGAAGCUGACAGAGCGUUUCAGCAAGAGUAUAGGGGAGCUCUUCCAUGACAAAUGCCGUGCGGAAUCCAAGCUGACGUCGCAUUUAUUGGAGUCUCACAGACUGCAAUCUCAUCUAGACAUAGUGAAGAAUCGACUGAAAGACUGUGAAGAGGCGAAACGAAACGAACAGCACCAGUAUCGAAUCAUCGAGGACGAAUUGGCACGCACCCGCUUGAACUAUGAGGAACAAAUUAGCGUACUAACGGAGCAGGUGAUUAGCCUAAGCGACCAGUUGGCUAGCUGCAAGUAGACCCAGAAACCGCCUCACAAAAUGACGGAUUGUUUGAUAGACGUUAAACCAGCGAGAAAUCUUCACCCGAAGGAAGUCAAAUUUUGUUGUUUUACGUUGCAAGCGAACGAAACAAGCGGCGGAUGCGCGCGUUCCUUGGAACAAAGGAAUACUAGGAUCAUUGGAGUAUUAUUUUUUAUCCUUUCCAAAAUUAAUCGUGUAAAAACUAAUAUAUUCCAGGAAAAUUGUGAAUGAAGAUUAUUAAGGGAAAUAAAUUGUGCAACAUUGUGUUAUUAAAACCGUUA